AUGUCAACAAUCAGGUUUGAAAAGAUUUUCCCGCAGAGCUGUUCGGGCCAAAGCUUGCUCUUUGAGAACCUCCGUGACUCCACCGAGAAGCCGGCGCCGCCGGUCCUCUCCCGGAACUGUCGCACCUCCCCCCCGCACAAGAAGAACCACUGCCCCAGUGAGAACUCCCCCACCUGCAAAUGCGAACAGGGCAGCAACGGUAGCUCCUCCUACUCCAACGGUCUUCACUCGCGCUCGCUGUCGCACCAAGUCUCUCCGCACAGUCCCGAUCCUCACCCGGAAUACGUCUACAGAAGACCAGACCUCCCGCACAGACCUAUCGCUAAUUUCGCGCCAAUUUCAACCGAUUUUAGCUCCGCGCAAGCUAACAACGAGCAGAAUUCCGGGCAAACCAGCAGCGGGACGUGGCCUAAAGUGAUGGUGGGAGCGUCGAUCCCGGAGUGUGCCCAUCUCUCCAUUUUCAAGAAGCCCAAACAAAGGAAAUCCAUCUUCGACAUCGCAGCGUUUAGACGACCGGACGCCGCUCCCAAACUGGAUUAUCUGUCGCUGCCGAAGCAUUCUCCGCAAAGCUCCAUUUCAGAAACUCCGCCCACGCCGCCCACCAGAAGCGACUCGUUCAGGUUCAAGCACAGGCAGCAAAACAGCUCUGCCUCCGACUCGACCAUCACGACCGGGACGCCGCCCAUGUCGCCCAGCGCAGUGGACGGGGGGGAGACCGAGGCGAAGCAGUUCUACCCGGACGCGGGGGUGGAUGUGGGGGGAGGGGGAGGGAGGAUGGUGGGUGAGGAGGAGGGCGGAGGAGGAGGAGGAGGAGGAGGAGGAGGAGGGGGGAGACACCGGGCAGAGACCCAGACCCAGAGAGUGAGGAGGUACAGGCCCAAGUCGGCUCCAGCGUCGCGGAGGAACGUCACGCCGCUGCAUAUCCCCAUCCCCAUGCAGGUUCAAAGUUUCUCCAACGACGAACACUCGCCCGAACACACAGACUUGUUACGCUUUUCCCCCAUGAGGAACAACCGCUACAGCAUGACCUUCUCCCCUCCCAACUACAGCACCAUCUCUGGACACCCGGCCCAGAGAGGCCUGUCCCCCUGCUCUGCUGUCACUGCAGUCAUGAGGAACCCGGUCUACACGGCCUGGAGUCACGAGGUCCAGAGUAACGGCUGCCCCUCGACUAACACCACCCACUCUCACUCCAGCCCGCAGCACCAGGGUCGCCUCAGCCUGGACCUCAGCCACAAACGCUCCGGAGACAUAAGCGAGAGCAGCUCCACCUCCCAUCACUCCAACUCCCUGCCCUCCAGCGCCCGCACCGGGCAGUUCAAGAGGAUCAAAAUCCCUCCUGUACGAUAUCCUCGCUCCACCGGCUCUGACAGAGGCUCCUUGUCUCACUCCGAAUGCAGCAGCCCCACUCCUCCCAUGUCCCCCGUGAACCUGGACACAUCUUCCUUCAGCAGCAGCCAAUCACAGAGCUCCAUUUCUCCGCAACCGAGAAUCUCCGUCAGUCCGGCGGCGAUGUGCGACAAGAGGAGAGACGGACCUUACCUGGAGGAGCCUCGUAACGUGACGGUGCAGAAGGGGGCGGAGCCUCUGGGCAUCUCCAUCGUGAGCGGAGAGAACGGUGGCGUGUUCGUGUCCAAGGUGACGGCGGGAAGUAUCGCUCACCAGGCCAGACUGGAGUACGGGGACCAGCUGCUGGAGUUCAAUGGGAUAAACCUGAGGAAUGCUAAUGAGCAGCAGGCGCGGCUGGUGAUCGGACAACAGUGCGAUACGGUCACAAUUCUGGCUCAGUACAAUCCUCACAUGUUUCAGCUCGGGAACCACUCUCGCUCCGGCUCUCGCAUGGAGUCGAUCAGUAACCAGCCCACGCCUCACAGCAGCGCGGCCACCACCCCAGACCACCUGUCGUCUGCUGAGGCUCUGAGCGACCAGGACGAGGGGACCAUGACCCCUCCCUCCAAGCAGACCACCCCCGCCACCAGCCCCAACAGCUCCUUCAGACUGGGGCCUCACAGAUCGGCAGAGGUCCGGCUGGUGCGGCUGCAGCGGCUGCAAGGAGAGCUGGGGCUGCAGUUUUGUGGAGGAAACACGUGUGGAGUGUUUGUGGAGCGUUUAGACGAGGACAGUCCAGCAGCGGGACCAGAGGGACUGCAGCCCGGAGACCUGGUCCUGGAGUGCAACGGCGUCAGUAUGAAAAACAAAACGAAAGAAGAGGUUUAUCUGGAGACGCUGAAACCCACAGAAACAGUCUCCUUUAAGGUCCAGAGCUGCGCUGACGAGUUGGCAGCACUGAGAGAGGCCACAGGGGACGGGUUCUUCAUCAGAGCCCUGUACGAGCGCGUGGCCGAGCUGGAGCCGGAGCUGAGUUUCAAAAAAGAUGACAUUCUCUAUGUGGACGACACGCUGCCCAAUGGGAACCUGGGAUACUGGUCGGCAUGGCAACUGGACGAGAAGGCCCAGCGGCUGCAGCGAGGCCAGGUCCCCAGCCAGUACAUCAUGGACCAGGAGCUGUACCGCAGACACACGCCCGACAGUAAAGACGACAACAGUAAGAGUUUGUCGGCCGCGGCUCGACGCUCGUUCUUCCGGCGGCGACAGAAACACAAACGCAGCAGCUCCAAAGACGGGAAAGACGGACUGGGCCUGGACUCCAUCAGCACCGAGUCCUUCCCCAUCGCAGAGGAUGGCACUUGUCUCGUUUACCAGCGCGUCCUCAAGGUGGAGCCGUCCAGCCCCCGCCCGGUCCUGAUCCUGGGGCCUCUGGUGGAACCGUGCAAAGAGCUGCUCGUCAAAGAGUCCGGAGCCAAGUUCUGCCGCUGUCCGCCCGAGGUGAUGAAGGCGUCGCAGCAGGCCAUCGAGCGCGGUGUCCAGGACUGUGUGUUCAUUGACUACAAGAGGAGGAGCGGCCAUUUUGACGUGACCACAGUCGCCACCAUCAAGGAAGUCACAGAGAAGGACUGCCACUGUCUGCUGGACAUCGCGCCUCACGCCAUCGAGCGCCUCCACACGGUCCACAUCUAUCCCAUCGUCAUCUUUGUCCGAUACAAGAACGCAAAGCAGAUCAAGGAGCAGAAAGACCCUCUUUACCUCCGAGACAAACUCUCGCUGAAAAAUUCCAAAGAGAUUUUCGACGCGGCUCAGAAAGUGGAGCAAGAGUUUGGACGCUUCUUCACUGGUGUGGUCCAGGGCAGCGGCGUCUCCUCCGUCUGCUCCCAGAUCCUGACUCUGGUGCAGCAGGAGCAGAGCAAAGUGCUGUGGAUCCCAGAUGGACGACCCUGA